CUCUCUCUCUCUCGCUUUCUCACAAUCUUUCUUUCAGGGAAAGAGAGAGAGAGAUGGAUGAAGACUGCGAGCUUGGGCCUUGCGACGAGGAUUUGUUCAACGAAUUCAUCAAAGCCGAAGAGAUUUAUCUCUCUACUCAGGCACCUCCGCCUGCUCCACCGAUUGUUCCGCCUCCGGCUCCGUCGUCGGAGAAUGUGGAGUUACAUUCCGCGGGACAACAAUGGCAUAAAACUCCAGUUCGUGAGCCUUUCGCAAGCUUCUCUCCACCGAGACUACUCUCUCAGAGAGUGGCAGGCGGUUUCAGUGACGCGGUAACGGAUUACUCUUCGGUGGCUGCCGUUAGACCAAUCUCUCCGAGUUCUUCGACUCGUCGUUAUGAUAGCGAGAAAGAUCUCGAAAUCGAGCGCUUAAAGAAGGAGCUGGGACGUGUCUCGAAGCAGCUGCUUGAUGUGGAACAAGAGUGCUCGAAGCUCAAGAAGGGGAAAAACAAAGAGACAGAGCUCAAAAACUCGCAUUCUGAGAUUAACGGGAGUGGUGCUGCUAGGAGAACAAACUUGGAACCAGAUGCUGCAACUUCAGUGAAUGAUGGAAGAAUCGAUUCUACAACUGUGUGUGGUGAUAAAAGAAGCUUCAAGACCACUGGUGUUCAAGCGGAUCUGGCAAACCAUUCUGACCUUUCAAAGAAGCUCCUAGAUAUCUGGCGCACCUCAAAUUAUCAAGACCCAAGGAGAAAUCUGAUCUCGGAGCUGCUACUGGCUUGUUCAACAGAUCUCCAGAUUCUCUUUGGUUUCAUGAACACUAGUACGCCUCCCCAAGGAAAAGACAGACAGGCAGCCAAAACCUUGUCUAAUAUGCAGUCAUCUAAAGCAUUAGAAUCUGAGAAUGUGUGUCAACUAUAUUCUGCUGUAACAAAGAUCAGCUAUGGGUUUGUAAAUUUGAAGACCUUGGUUAAACCACUACUUGAUCUUUGUAAUGCGGAAAAUGCCAUUCUUGUUCACAGAUCUCUGCAUGUACUACAUGUACUGUUGGAACAUGUAUGUGGUGUUGAAAACAGAUUUGAAUUCAGGGACAAUAUCACAGAUGAGGAGCCAAGCUCUUCUGAGGUCGCCGAAUUUCAUGGAUACAAAGAAAGGAAGACUAACUUGAGCAUUGGAGACUCCUCAAGUAGUAUCCCACUUCAGGGAAGAUCUGAUGCAGCGACAAGCAAGAAGAGCCAAGAAGGAGAUACUGAUAAAGCUCAGCCAAGUUGGGAUCCAAACUGGCAUUCUCUGUUUGAAUUGAUGAAUGAAAUCGCUUGUAGAAGAACCGAAGAGAAUGUGAAACUGGAAGCAGUGUCCAUAAUGAACAUAAUAGUGAUGAGAACUAAUGCUUAUACCGAGAGAGAAACUUUUGUCACCAAGGAAGUGUUUGAGAGCAUUUCGCUACUUCUAAAGAAAGAAGCUGGCUUACGUGUGCGUAAAGGAGCUAUUCAUCUUUUCUUCCUGCUGCUCAACUGUCCUAAAGUGUUAGCUAGAUUUGACUCUCUCCAUGAGGAAAAUAAAUCUUCAGCUUCUGAGAACAACAGCCAAGGGAAUCUGUUUGCUUUGGGAGCAUUUCGUAAGAUCUUUGAAGGUCUAGCAAAUUGUCUAACUUCUCCCAGAAAGACAUCAGAGGAUCUGGAACUCUGUCGGAAUGUAAUAAUGAUCUUGGCCUUAGCAGCUUCUUCAGGAAACUCUGGCUAUGAACUACUCUCAAGUCACAACUUACCUCAAGAAACCAGCUUUCUAAUGCUGAUACUGCAUCUCUUAGCAGCGGAGAUAGAUUCCGAAUCAACCGAGGUUCAUCCAAAUGCAGAAAUAUUCAAAGCGAGGACGCUAUUGAUGAGAGAGAUACUGAUAUUACUAAACAGACUUGUCUCUGGUUCUUCAAGCUCUUGUACAGUUCUGAGGGAACUAACAAAGAGCAGAGACAUGGCGAGUCUAACGGUUGAUGCAGCCACAAGAUUGUCCCGUAAAAGAAACUUACUUGGACAGCCAGAAAGCAGUGUUGAAAGAAUGAGGGGUUCGGAGAUCACAGAUUUAGCGCGCAUUUUUAAGAGAAGAGUUUUCGCAUUCUUAGGAGACAACAGUAGUUGAUAAGCUCUCAAUCUCAUCAUCGGGAGUUUCCUUGUUUUUUUUUGUUUUGGUGAGCAUGAUGUAUAUGUGCAAAGUUUUGAUUGAGGGAGCAUCUAUAAAUGAUGGAACCUUUCGGCUAUUACAACUGUUGUAUUUUUUUUUUGUCUGACACACUUGUAACAAAGGAAAUGGACUACUUUAAAAGUA